AUGUUAGGGAGCAUCGAUUGCAUGCAUUGGCAGUGGAGGAACUGCCCAGUGGCUCAUGCUGGCCAAUUCACAAGGGGAGACAUCAAACACCCUACCAUCAUCUUAGAAGCCGUUGCGUCGUAUGAUCGAUGGAUCUGGCAUGCCUUUUUUGGAGUGGCCGGGUCCAACAACGACCUCAAUGUACUGAACCAGUCGCCGUUGUUCACUGAUGUGCUUAGGGGAGAAGCACCCGUAGUGAACUUCACGGUGAAUGGACACGAGUACAACUAUGGUUACUACCUUGCCGACGGCAUCUACCCCUCCUGGCCGGUGUUCAUGAAAGGUGUUACUCUUCCACAAAAUGAAAAGCAGCGAGUGUUCACUGCUGCUCAAUCAGCGCAUCGCAAAGAUGUCGAGUGUGCCUUUGGAGUGUUGAAGUCUAGGUUCAACAUUCUAGCAGUUCCGGGACGCUCCUACUCCAGGCGUACUCUUGGAUUGAUCAUGCGUGCAUGUGUCAUUCUGCACAACAUGAUCAUUGACGAUGAGCGUGGACAAAAUUUGGACAACAUCUAUGAGACAGUUGAUUCAAAUGUCGGCCCUGCAAUACACCACCAUGCACCACCAAGCCUAGCAGCCAGGAUUCAGAUGGACACCGAAAUGAGGGACUCACCGAUGUAUACACAGCUCCAGCAUGAUUUGAUGGAGCAUGUGCAGGACUGUACUGUGAAAAGCUGCAAGGAGGCAAAGUUUGAUAUUCCUUUCCGCAGACAGUUGAGAGGUCUUCAGAAUGUGGAGGACAAGGAGUGCUUGGUCGGCGGCGCGGACAAGAUGGUGCAAGCUGAGGCUUUCGUCUACUCCAGGUCCAGGCGGCCAGCAGCGACGCCCGGGCAGGGGCAGCUGCUGAUGAUCACAGGCGCCUGA